AUGGGCAGAAAUGUACCUAGGAAACCCAAAAAAACAUCUGAGGAAUCAGAUGUUAAGAAUAAAAAGAAAACUACCGGCUCUUCAUUUAAAGCAGUAGUCACAAGCGAUGGAAAGGAUUUUAUCCCCUUUGAGGAAGCAGAAGAUAAAUCAACUGACGAGGAGUUAGAAAAGUUAGGGUUACCGCGUUCGUUUACUCCUGAAGCGACAGAUGAUGAAAUAGAGGAUCUUGAGGAUGAAUACGAGGAGGGUCAGGAUGAAGAAGAGGAAGAGGAGCAGGAUAGAGUAGAUUGGGGAAAAAAGUUAAAGAACUACUACGUCGACAGCUCCGAUGAUGAGUUGGACGAAGAAGCACUGGAAGAUCGUAUCGCAGAAGCACGUGAUAUCACGGCUGAAAUGUAUGAAGAUGUUGAGGAAGAGGACGCGGACUUGGAUCAAUACGUAGAUGUGGAAAAGGAGGACGACACAACAGCACUUGACACAUUGAUUGAAAAUUUGUCUGAAUCGCUGAAGAAGGACUCGGAAAAGGUUACACUGCCGGACGAUUUCUUUGUACUAAGCGAUGAGCAGAAGAAGGAAUUUCUGGACAAGGAGCACCCGGAGUUUUUACUACUCUUGAAGGAGUUUAAGGAAAAGUCGGACAUAUCAAACGAGCAAAUAUUUAAGCUCCUGAGUGACCCGAAGUCAUUUAAACUAUGCACGAAAGACGGCUUGGAGUACUUGGAUAUUAGGAAUGAGCUGUUCCUGAUGUACUUAUCCUAUUUAACAUACUAUUUGCUCCUGAAGGUGCACGGAAUAUCGAUAGAAAAUCACCCAGUAAUAGAUAGGCUAUUGGAGAUAAGACUGUUGCUAGACAAGGCGAAACCAAUAGAAAAUAAAUUGCAGUAUCAAAUAUCGAAAUUGCUCAAUAAUUUGAAGAGUAAAGAGGAGAGUUUGGUACCAAGAAUAGAGAACAUGGAGUUGAACAAUAUGGAUAAUAAAAAGUACAAGGCACCGAAGAAUAUAAUUAAUCAAGUACACAACGAGGAGGAUAAGGAAGAAGACGAGAAGGAUGAAAGACAUAAAUUCAUGAAAAAAAUGAACGAAAUAGAAGAAUAUGAAAUGGAAAGAAUGAGACGUAUACCACUGACGAAAAAAUAUAAAAAAUAUAUGCAAACGAUGGAGAAAAAACAUAAGAACUUGAUCGGAACAAAUUUACAAGAUUUGACAAGUUUCACAAAUGAGAAGACGAGAGUGAAGAGUAACUCAAAUGACUUGAACGUAGCGGCACAGAAAUUGAGACAAAGCGUAAUAAUGUCAGAAAAAAGAAAUAACCCAGAUAUGGUGUACACAAACAAGACCGAUAGAAUAAUAAAAAAGAGGAAGUCGAUUAGUAACGAAGGUGAUAGUAAGAGUAGCAGGAACGGAAAAAAUAAAGAACAUAGACAAAAAAGGGAUGAAAUAGAUAAAAUAAAGGAAAAUUAUAAUAAAAUAAAAGAAAAUAGAAAACAAAAAUAUCAACAAAGUAAUGUAAGAGUAUAUAAGCCAGAAGAAGUAAUAGAAGGAAAGAGAGAUAUCGGAAAGGAUAUUAUGAAAAACAGAGGACUGGUAGUAAAAAGAGAUAAGACGCAAGGAAACGCAAGAGUAACAAAUCGCAGAAAGUUUGAAAAGAAAAUGAAAAUAUAUAACGCAAUGACGAAUAAAAAUAGAAAGGAAGCACCAGAUUACGUAGGAGAAGAAACGGGAAUAAAUAUAAAUAAGAAAAAGUCACUAAACGCAUAA